AUGUCUGCGAGUGGAAAAAUGAAGAAGAGCAUCGAGAAAAUAAGGAAUAGAAUCAAGAAGCUUAAUAAUCAGCUCACUAUCGAGACUGAAAAAGUAAAUCUUGGUGAAGAAGCCGUCGAACAGCUUGGGCAACAAGUUAGAGAAAUUAAAAAUCAAAACGGAGUAUUACAAUCCGAUUAUGAUGCGAAAGUAAAAGAAUACGAAGAUAACAGAAAAAUCGAACAAUCUAAAAAUGAUAAAAUUUUAGCAGAUAAAAAUCUCGAAUUAUAUCAUCUUAGGCAAUUAAUUGAAGAAUACAAUAGAAAGGCUGAGGAAGAAGCCAUUUUAUUGGAUAAAGAACAAAAAGAGAUUGAAGUAGCUUGUUCUCAAUAUGAAAUUGAUAUUAAGCGUGCUAGAGCUGAACUUCAAAAGCUCCAAAGCGAUUUACGAAAAUAUGAAUGCCCAACAGAAACAACAACAAAUUUUGUUAUGAAAAAGUUAUUCACGCAAAUUCAACAACGUGAAAAGAAAGAAAAACUAUCAAGGCAAAUAGAAACCCUUACAAAUCUUAGAAAUAAUUUAGAUAUGGAAAUACAAAAUCUUGAAAAACAAUUAGGAGCUUUACCACCUGACCCAAUAGCACCAGAUCAACCUCCUAAUUCUACCGUGAAAUAG